AUGGAGGCAUUUAGGAGGUUAUUGCAAAUGGAUGGAUGCUUCACAGUAGAUUGUAUGGGGCUUAGUGGGGGCAUUGCCCUCCUCUGGAGAGAUGAAUGGCAUGGUGUCUAUAAUGUUCUUCCUGCCAUUAGUUCUGAUCACUCCCCCUUGUCAGUCAGUUUACACAAUACCUCUAAUGGGAGGAAGAAAAGAAGGUGGUGCUUUAGAUAUGAGAUGGCCUGGGAGGUAAAGGAAGAAUGCCUGAAGGUUGUGGGUGAGGCUUGGCAAAAUGCUGGCAUAACAGAUUGUCAGGCAAAGUCCUUAAGAACACAGCUUGAUCUAUGCCAAAAGGGCCUCAUGACUUGGAGGCAGACUCUUAAGCAACAAAAGGAUCAAAUUGUUAAAAAUGGGAUUCUAAAUAUUGGGCAUCUUCAGAAUUAUGGUACUGGCGAGCACGUGGCAGCUAUGAAACAAUUUCAAGAGGAGGUGGUCAAUGCCAUUACUGCUAAUGAUAUGAAGUGGAAGCAAAGGGCAGAGCAACACUGGCUGAAACAUGGGGACAGAAAUACUCAGUAUUUCCACAUGCAAGCUAGUCAGAGAAAGAAGAUCAAUGCAGUUAAUAGCAUAGUGGAUUCACAAGGCAGGGUUGUCACUGACCAGUCUGAAAUUGGUGAGGUAUUCACAGUUUUCUUCUCCUCUCUUUUUACUACUUCCCAACCUCUAUCUAUUGAUCAAUGUCUGCAAGAAAUGGACACCAAAUUAGACAUGGACAUGAAGGCCUGGCUUUUAAAACCAUUCACUAGGGAGGAAAUCACUGCAGCUUUUUUCAAAAUGAAUCCUUUGGGGUCGCCAGGCCCUGAUGGCUUUCCUGCCCAAUUCUACCAAAAAAACUUGGAGGUAGUGGGGAUCAAGUCUGUAAUUUUGCUCUUCAAUUCCUCAAUCAUGGUGGAUCUCUCAGUGAGGGUUGAGUGGGAUUUCAUUGAAGCAAUCAUGACCAAAAUGGACUUUCCUGGUCAUUGGAUCCAUAUCACAAAAGCAUGCCUCUCUUCUGUCUCCUACUCAGUACUUGUCAAUGGAGAACCUCAGGAAAAGUUUGCACCUUCGAGAGGUCUUAGACAAGGAAAUCCCCUGUCCCCCUACUUGUUUAUUCUUUGUGCUGAAGGCCUCUCUUCUCUCCUUAAACAUGCUGAAGCAUGUGGCAAUUUAACCCCUGUGACUAUUGGCAGAGGUCCUAUUAAAGUAAGCCACCUCUUCUUUGCUGAUGAUAGCCUAUUGUUCUGCCAAACCAAGUAUGAGGAAAUUAAUUGUGUUCUCAAGAUCCUCGAGCUCUAUGAGAAAGGAUCAGGACAGGUUAUAAACAAGGACAAGUCUGCUAUCUUUUUUAGCAAGAACACCACUCUGAUGACACAACAGCAGAUCAAGAGUCUAGCAGGGGUCCAAUCCACCUCCAAUUUUGAGAAAUAUUUGGGUUUACCAUCUUUGGUGGGUAGGAAGAAGAUUGCCUCUUUCCAUUCUUUAAUUGAUAGAACCUGGUCUCGGGUCUCUAACUGGAGGACCAAAUUUCUCUCUGCAGCAGGAAAGGAAAUUUUGCUCAAAGCUGUGCUCCAAGCCAUUCCCACCUAUGCAAUGGGGAUGUUCCUCCUACCAGCUUCUAUAACAAGGAGACUAAACCAGAUUUUAAGGAGAUGGAUACCCUCCUUACCUGGACAACAAAUUGUGACCCCUCGAGAUGAUGACUGCUGGUGUGACAAAGUCAGUGAUAUUAUCGAUCCUCAAUUGAAGAUAUGGCAGGAGUCUCUCUUAGAUGAACUUUUUUCUAUUCAGGAAAGAGAGGGCAUUAAAGCUAUACCCAUCAGCUUAGGAGGAAGAGAAGACAAACUUAUAUGGCAAUUCACUCCUAAUGGAAUCUACACUGUUAAAAGUGGGUACUAUCUUGGCAAAGAAUUGGAAAGAGAGAAAAUAGGAGAGUCUUCAGGCAAAACAAUGGACUGUCUGGUAUGGAGAUCUAUCUGGAAGCUCAAGGUACCCCCUGCCACCAGAAUGUUUGUGUGGAGGGCAUGCAGUGAAGUAUUACCCACUAUGGCAAACCUGAAAAGAAGAAAGGUGAUAAAGGACAGCAGCUGUUUAAUCUGCAAGAAAGAACAUGAGACUUCUGGACAUGCUUUAUGGGGCUGUAGUGGUGCCCAAGAUGUUUGGAGCCAAGAAUUGAUUGGCAAACUUGAUUCAGAGGAGUUAAAUGAGGCAGCCAUUACAUUGAGGCUAAUAUGGGCGAGAAGAAAUGAUGUAUUACAUGGGAAGGCCUUCAAACACCCUCGAGAAAUUAUUGCACAGCCUAGGACAGAACUAACUCUUCAUAAUGAGACCAUGCAGAAAAUGGUUGAUGAUAAUUCUGAGAACAUGACAAGGGUCCUCGAAUGGACUAAGCCUGCAGCAGGAUGCCUGAAAGUGAACUGGGAUGUAGCUGUACAAAUGAGAAUGGGAAGGAUUGGAAUUGGGGUAAUUAUCAGAGAUCACCAUGGCCUAGUGAUAGGUGCUCUUCGUGCUAACAGACCUUUGAAGGGCAGCGUUUUUGAUGCUGAAGCUUAUGGUUUACUUUUGGCGUGUGUUUUUUGUAAGGAGAUUGGAGUAAGGCAAAUCUGUUUGGAGGGGGACUCAAAGCAGGUCAUGGACCAAAUGAACCAAGAUAGUCCUAACUGGAGCUUGGGUGGCUGUCUCAUAUCAGAUGCCAAAGAGAUUCUAAACUUAGCUGCUGUUUGGUCCAUCUCACAUGCAUACAGGGAAGCUAACAUGGCAGCUCACAUGCUUGCACAAGCGGCUUACGAGUGUACUGAAGACAUGUAUGACAUUGAGAUAUGCCCAGCUUGUAUCUGUCAAGUAGUUUCUAAGGAAAUGAGGCACUAA